GCUCCUGUUACUGGGUGAAGAUCUGAGUUGGGAAAGUGAGCUCGCAGUGACGUGCCUGGAGUUUGCAACUCCACCCAAGAGAGAACGAGAGAGAGAGAGAGAGAGAGAGAGAAAGGGAGGGCAGACAUCUGAAGGCAGAGCAUGGCGUUCGAGCAGGGGGUAAGGACAACAUAAGGAACAUGUAAGCACUCACAACGCAGCUUCUUUUGCGACGGGAACGGAUCGACCGACCCAGAGCCGGCGAACGGCCUAAAGAGAAGGAAAAGUCGGACAAGUUUCACAGUGGAGACUCUCCGGUCGGAGAGGGCAGUUCGUCGCGAUCUCCAGCUCGGAGCGAGGCAGAGGCAGAGGCAGAGGCGGAGGAAGGCGGACCACCCCAGUCGGCCGCGCCGGCCCGACCAUCUCCGUACGGGCUCCGGACCAUGGCUCAGUCGCCGGUGGCAGUGGCGGUGCCGGGAAUGCAGAACCAUCGGGCAGACCCUGAAGGACUGUUCACCAAACUGGAACGGAUUGGGAAGGGGUCUUUUGGAGAAGUCUUCAAAGGAAUUGAUAACCGGACACAGCAAGUAGUUGCUAUCAAGAUUAUUGAUCUAGAAGAAGCUGAGGAUGAGAUUGAAGAUAUCCAACAGGAGAUAACUGUGCUCAGCCAGUGCGAUAGUCCUUAUGUAACCAAAUAUUUUGGAUCAUAUUUAAAGGGGACUAAGUUAUGGAUCAUAAUGGAAUAUUUGGGAGGCGGUUCAGCCUUGGAUCUUCUCCAGGCUGGACCCUUUGAUGAAUUCCAGAUUGCUACCAUGUUGAGGGAAAUCCUCAAAGGUUUGGACUACCUGCACUCAGAAAAAAAGAUCCACAGGGACAUUAAAGCUGCCAAUGUCUUGUUAUCUGAGCAAGGCGAUGUAAAGCUGGCGGACUUCGGUGUGGCUGGACAGCUGACGGACACCCAGAUCAAACGGGACACAUUUGUCGGCACUCCGUUCUGGAUGGCACCAGAGGUCAUUCAGCAGUCUGCAUAUGACUCAAAGGCAGACAUCUGGUCUUUGGGAAUUACUGCCAUUGAAUUGGCCAAGGGUGAGCCACCCAACUCCGACAUGCAUCCCAUGAGGGUUCUCUUCCUCAUACCCAAAAACAACCCACCAACGUUGGAAGGAGAGUUCAGCAAAUCUUUUAAAGAAUUUGUGGACGCAUGCCUAAAUAAGGACCCAUCCUUUCGUCCAACGGCCAAGGAACUGUUGAAACACAAGUUCAUCCUUAAAAACUGCAAGAAGACCUCUUAUCUCACAGAACUAAUCGACGGGUACAAGAGGUGGAAAGCAGAGGGGCACAGUGAUGAUGACUCUAGUUCAGAUGAGUCAGAUUCUGGGAGUAGUGACAAGGAGAACAAGAACGCAAAACCCAUCGAGUGGUCCUUCACCACGGUGAAGAAGAAACCGGAUGCAAAGAAGCUGCAGAACGGGAUGGACCAGGAUGUCACCAAAGUAUCAGCAUAUAUAUCCUCUGUGAUUGGUCCUCUCUUGGCUGAGCUGAAGGAACAGGACAGAGACAACACCAAGAGGGCCGAAGCAAUUGAUGCUCUGGAAAAAAGCAUGAACAGGGUUGAAGCCAGCUACCCUGGCAUCACAGAGAAGUUGGUAAAGAAAAUAAUCGAAAGGUUUCAAAGGUUUUCGGCUACUGAAGCGUGCUAAGGACUCCACCUGAUGACUGGAUACUUUCAUAGGUCCCAACACACCUACGCUGUACAAAACCUCCUCCCCACAACCAUGCCUCCCCCAUUUCCUUCUCUCACAAAUCAGGUCUUAACUCUACAGGAUUUUCUGCAAUGCCUUAAGAUGAUGGCCAACAUCUCGCCUGUGUGAAUUGAAUGUCAAAAGCAAGCUCCUGGCUGAGUGCAGGAAAGCUGGACUAAUUGUUUUGUUAACUCAAGUUAAAAUUCAUCUUCACUGCACUUUUGUGCCAAUGAAUUAGAAAUAUUAUUUGCCAGCACUGAGUAGAAAGUCUGUCUUACUGGUGUUGCCUUUGAAAAUGUGUCACAUUUACUUUAAUCUCCAUUACACAGAAGUUGAAAUACUGGGCCACAAAUUGGAGGUAGGGGAGGAUGAUGUUGUAGGUAUAUUGAGGAUGAGUCUCAAACUACUGACUGGCUGGUGCUUUCAAUCCAGUUGUUUUCUGCUGGAGAUGGCUGCUGACAUGCAAAGGGGCCGACUUUAGUCGAGUUGAGGCACAGUGCUACUUCAGAAAGUGUUACUACUCUUGUUCCUGUCUCUGUGACUCUUGAUGGCACAGACACGAACCGGCAACACUGAUGUUUCACACUCCCACUCCCAUCCACCACACCUCAACUGCAUUUUUGCAUUUGCUGAGAUACUCCAUUUUGAACUUCCUGGACCAGUCCUGUUCUUGGGCCUCAUUAAUGCAUCAGAACCCAAAAAUGUGAUCCUGUCGACAAAUAAAAAUACAGAUCUACACUGAUUCCAAUUGCACCUGACGUUAUCUUAAGCAACUUUCAAAGACCACAGCCCAACCAAGUGUAAAUUGUUAUUCAUCAUCAGCUUUUUGUAAAACUGAUAAUCCCGUGAGCAGUCUCAGUUGUAUAUCCUCAACAAAAUAAAACGGUGCAGCAUUUCAUUUUUUUGGUGCCUGUUUACUGUGGGGAAGGGUGUGAAAUCAAUGCAGGAACCUAUUGUACUACGUACAAGGUCUAAGAGAAAGGAAGCAGAAGCAUUUUUCAGAAAGGCCCUCUUAAAAUGAAAGUAAGUCAGUCUCUCAUUGACUUCCACUUUUCUGCCUUGAGACACUUUUUAUUGGAGUUUUGUGCCUCUAGUCCCUGCAAGUCUAAUCUAAACUUAAACCUAAAUCUAAACUUAAACUUAAUCUAAACUAAACUAAGUUCAAACUUAGGAUGGAUUUGAACAGUGCCCCUGAAUUUCUUCUCAUAUUGGCAGAGGGGAGGGUGCCUUUUGUGCUUUAAAGGAGCCUUCAGUCAUGAUCCUAAAUUCCCUAACUUGUUUUAACGGUCCUUUGUUUUAAUAAGUUUGCUUGUGAAGUUGCUCUUGAUGAAUGACCUUUGGAAGUGGUUGUGUGUGAAGAGCUCGUCCAGGAAAAGGCAUUGACCUUGCUGAACUUCCCACUGUGUGUGGGACAGAACUGGCACACCCCUCAGAAGGAAUGGGGCAAGGGGAAGAGAGAAGAGUCUGGGAGACUAAAAUGUCCACCAGGUCGUAGCUCAAAACAUAUUCUUCUGCUGUGGCUUUAUUGAGCUAAAUUGCAAUUUAGAGACCAGGUUAGAGAAGAUGUAACUUAGGUUAAUGAAAUGGGAGCCCAUUCUUCCCUGAGUCAGACUGAAAUGGAAGCCUGUCCAAAAUCCCUGCACGGAGCCUUCGCCAACAUUAAUUCUAUUCCCGUCCCUCUGGUGACUUCAGCUAGUCAGUCCAUAUGGGAUCCACCUCAUGUAACUGCGGUCCUGUUAACAGCCGCUCGGUAGUUUUUAACCAUGGUGAACGUGGAACAAUUCUGGAUGGAAAAGAUCCAAGGGCAGUCAUGCACAGCUGCACUUGUGUAUGUGAAGCUGACUUGAAGAAUGGUGAUUAGUGUUCGGUGGCUGUGUGUGUGAAAGGUCUUGGCAACAAUCCUCUCUGGGCAUCUGAGUAGCUGAGUGGAUAUGUUUUUUUUUAAAUGGGAUAACCAUUUAAUUUUACCAAACAUUGGGAACUUCCAGCUGCUGGAGUACAACCACCCCCCCCCCCCCACCCCCAACCUUGUAAGCACCCUGAUCUUCCCAAGCUAGCAGCAAGGACAAAAUGCCCCAUUUAACAAAGCCAAUUGAACUUUCAAGUGUUGCAGCUGAGAAUAAGGAGGGAUGAUUCUCUCUGAGCCCAGUACCUGGAAAGGACAGAAUUCCCAGGAAGGUCACACAUGUAUAUACUUUAUCACAGAACUCCACAAGGUAGUUGCACUGCUUCAGAUCUGCUUUUUAUUUUGUGUGUGGGUGCAUAAUGUAAGGAUAGACCAUUCAAUCUUACAUUCUUUACACACUCUGUAAAUGCUACAAUGCUACCUUUAUGUCAAAUGUUUUUUAAAUACACAUUUAUACAGAGAGAUUGCCUAAAUAUAUUUUGCCAAAUGUUUGAACAAGUGAUUGGUCUUUAGACUGCAUCUUGUCAGUUAAAUUGGGGAAGAUUUACUUACCAAUGGUAUUUUCAAAUUUACAGUUUCAUUGAAAUCCAGCAUCAGCCACAAGAUGCCAAAUAUUAGCCUUCAUCUGGUAUCUGACCUCUUUACAUGUUUACCACUUAACCUUCCAUCCUGAGCAUCAUAAAAUCAGGGCCUUUGUUUCAAGAUUGAAAUUGUUCUAUUUCUGGGGUAUUUUUCAAAAAGUCACAAUUAAUAUCUUGAUUUAAAGCAAUAUUUUUGUAAGUGUAUAGAAUAUAGUAAUGUAAAUAUAAGAUAGAAUCUAGUAGAGAGCAAGAUGUGUGAGCUAGUUCUGUGGCUAUCAGGAGUAUAUAAAUCUGUUUUGUAGAUAAUGUUUUGUUAUUCAUAGUUCUGGGGUUUGAAUGGUUUUAUGAAUAAAUAUUUAAAUCAUC